CUUCGAUCUGCUACAUUCCACACAGCAAACAGAAAACAAUGGGUUAAUUACACAGCCAAUCGGACGGGGCCGUCAAUACAAUGCCUUCUACAUUCAAUGGGGUAUUUAGACAGCGCUGAUUAUUACCCCUCAAUCUCUACCGGACAGAGCAUGGGGGUGAAAGCUCUGCGCUGCUUCCCGUGGUACGGCAGGAGACGGGAGCGGAGGAGGAAGAAGAGCGAGGAGGCCUCUCCUGAAGCCUCCCCUAUAGAAGAGAAGCCCAGACUCCACUCCACUCCGUCAGUGAGCAGCGACACCGACUCCCAGCAGAGAAGUGCGUACUUCAGCGAGAAAGCGCGAGUUUCCUUCCGCCACCAGAUGGACUCGCCGACGAUGGCCAACGACUCCACCUACUGAG